GGUGCGGACGGGACCGUGUCCUCGGGCCGCGCUAUUUAUAGCGGCGCUCGGGAUGCUGGCCAUGCCUCUGGCCGGGGCCCUGCGGACGGCGCAUAAACAACUGCUCUUCUAGUAACUCCCAAGGCUUGGGCGAUAGAUCUUGGUGGGUUGUUGCGCUGGCGUCGCCGCAGUGGAAGGAACGUCGACGUCCGCCAGCACCUUUUCUGAUGGGGUUAGCUCCCGAGCAGAAAGUUUGAGUCAUCGCUUCCUAGAGGCGAGACGUUUGUCAGGGCUGCUAGGACGUUUUUCACGGCGAACUCAAACUGAGCCUGGAGUGGAAUCAGCAAACUGAUUUUUGUGGCGCAAUGAGAGUUUGCUCCAGUAACGGGUCUGGCCCGUAAUUUUUCAUUUUUUUUUUUCCCACGGUGCUGCUUGCACGGCCCUUUUCAGUCUUCUGGCGCGUGGUGCCCCCCCUUGUUUUUGCUGUCACCGAGUGCUUCCCUCUGUCAGGCCUUCUGCAGCCCACCUCUGCGUUCAACUCAGACUACCCCUAGCUCAAGGCAGAAGAGAGAAGUGGAGAACAAGAGCCCUGGUUAUAAGUGACGUUUUUACCAUCAGGUGUUUGUUUCCUUGCUUGAGUGAGCAAUCAAAGGUAACUGCAGGAGUUAGCCUAAGGCCCUCCCUACAGAAUUAGUUCUGUCUUGAGGGCACAGGGGUGCCUUAAAUGACCUCUGAGAAUUCCUUCCAGCCUUAUGUAGCGCUCCCUUAUAUACUACACUGACCCCAUCAGUUAAUGGAGUAAUGUGUCUGUGCCGGUGAGGAGUACGAGACCCACUCACUGAAUGGCAUCAUACUACAAAAAAGACGAUUCCUCCCGCGGGUCGCCUCAGUUUCUGCACUAACCGGCUGCUGGGAAAGGCCUGUCGCAUGGCCCUGACGGGCAGCGUUCACGUUACAAGAAUUCCCUUACUCAGGCUCAGCUUAACGUUAUUGCCCACCGUUCCUUUUCCAUUUUACGGUACGCUUAUGGGAGCAAAAGAAAGACUGCUAUCUGAGCAAGCAAACAAGACCACUGAAAGGCAGUAGGGCGGGCAGCUGAGUAUUCGUCUCCUCUCCAUACCCAGCUCUUUCUCGUCCUGCGGAGAGCCCACCCUCGACGCCUGCGUCUACCUCCGCCAGGAGCAGGUUGGGACGCCGCUGGUACGCUUCGAAGCCGCCUGUGCUCUAAAUAGCACAUGUCCCAAAGGCACGCGUAGCUGAGAGCAUGAGCGCGCGCUGGUACCGACGGCGUUGCUCAGGCUCUCCCCAUACGCUGUCUUCCUGGCGGACCUGAUAGAGAAAUCACAGCAGCAGUCACGCAGGCUAGUCUGAUACCUGCUCUUGUUCCCUGUCCCUGGCCUUGUGUUAAUUUGGACACAGGAGUUUCUUGAUAGCAAAUGACAAGUGACAACUGCUGGCGGUAUGAUUUGCUGUUCGUGAUAAUCACCCUUUGAAAGCUAAUAGCGCUUCUCUACUUGCACUCCAGUGAUUCAUUAGGGAGCAGGAGUCGCCCCUGCCUGGAAGAAAGCCUAAUUUGGACAGUUCUUUCCUCGCUAAUUUGGCAAAAGCUAAAACCUUCUGCUUGGAGCUUGAUGACAUCAUAAAGCGCCACAAGAAAGAGCAAACCAAUGCCCAAGCGGCCGGGAACAGGCGGAGGCAGCAGAUCAAGAACAGGAGUUCGGCGUACUGGUAUGGGCGGCCCCGCUUCCGCACCUGGAUGCAGAGGAAUUUGCAAGGACCUAACCGCUUUAGAAGAGGCUUUGGACAACAACAGUACAAUAGGAGGCAAUUCAGGAAUGCUGCGCCCGGUCCCAGGAGAAGAGCAGCUGCUGCAUUAAAUGGAGUGAGCCCCUUAAAUCGCCAGGCAUCUGCUCAAGAGGGUAGCAAGAGCGACGACGUUUUUGCCAAAAGCGGUAGCAGCGGGCAGCCGGAGGCGCGGAGACGGCCACCGCCGGGCCUCAAGAGAUUCAGAGCAGCAGCUGCCAACACCCACGCCGCAGUGGGAAGCAGGCCUUUCGUGCUGAACAGGGGACCAGGCUUCCAGCAGAAGCGGAUGCAGCAGCGCUACUCCAAAGCCAACUUCCAGAGAGGGCAAAUGGAUGCAGUUGGAGAAGGGAAACAACCAAGGAUGAGAAGGUGGCAAGUGAAACCCAGCCCCGGAGCAGUCCUGACGGUUUCUGUGGCUAAUCCCCAGGCGAGCCAGACCAGCGCGCCCGGAGGCAAGCGGCCCUUCCUGAGGAGCCCCAGGCCCCCGCCGCAGGUGGCCAAGCCCCAGCCCAAGGGAGUGCUGCUGAGGUUCAACUUCCGCGCGAUGGCGAACCAGGUAGAGGAUAGCCGACGGGACGCGCGGCACCUUGCGCCCGGCAGCAGCCACGUCGCUAAUCUGUUAACGUCACGCUCAGGUUUUCGGGGCUGCCAGUUAGCUUUAUCUCCUGUAAGGCGGGAGGAAAAUCCUGUAGCCUGGCUGGACAGCUUGUUCGCAAAACUGAAGGCGCCUGAGAAGACUGUUCAGCGACUACAGACUCGGCCUAAUUUUUCCCGUGCCGCUGCCCCCCUUGGUCUGUCCUAGCGCUUGCUCGGAGAGGGAGGAUGAUGCUCUGGCUCCUUGUGAGCGGUCCUGGCCGGGGGAGGACGUUUCGCUGGUGCUCCGGGCGCUCCCUGCUCCUCAGGGACGCGCAACGCUCCCUCCGGGCUGGGUUCCCUCUGUGCUUGGGUGACCUUCGCGGUGGCGCGUUUGCCGCUGCAGUAUGGGGCAGGUCCGCAGUCCUGCGCCGCCGUCCUUCGUUGGCGACGCUUCUUGUCCGGCUGCUCGGGUUUUACUGGAUGUCUCGUGCUCAGAUGCCGCCUGCUUGCUCCCGUCCUUGCCGAGGACCCCGUGUGUGUCGGGGCCGGGGCGCUGCUGGGAGGUUCUCCAGCUGCACGCAGUCUGUCGAGCUCCUUGUCUCCGUGUGACGAGUCGUUUAAUUGACUAACGGGCUGUGACGCGCCCUCCUGACUGACGGGCUCUAAUCAAUACCCCGCUACGAGUCUGGCCGCGCUUUGCCGUGAGACUCGGGACUGAAUCGCUCUCCCUUUCCCCUGCAGACCAGCCUGACGCUGGAUGAGAGAUUCUCUGGUCUGAGGAAUAAGCGGCGCUUUGCAGCGGCCAGGAGCGCUGGCCGGACGGUCACCAUGCCA